GAAGCUUUUUAAAACAAUAUUAUUUUACUACCUAAAUCAUAAACGCUCAUUAAAAUAUUUAGCGAAAGUCACAAAUACAUCCAUGAAUCAUCAACACACAUUACAAAGAAAAGAAUCUGGAUGUCCAAUAUACAUAUGCAAUUAUUGUAACCAGCUAGGUUUUGAAUCUAGUUACCAGUGUUUAAACAGCAAUUGCACUUACAUCCUCCAUACACAAUGUGUUGGACGUAUUGUUGAACUUGUUGAACAUAGGCCAACUACGGAAUGUGUUGAACGUCAACGUAUUGAUGAAGGUGUUCAACGUAUUGAUGAAGGUGUUCAACAUAGGCCAGCUAGGAGAAUACGAAAGCGUGAUAUAUUUAGAUUAUCUGCGAACUUACUAAUCAGCGUUACUUUUGAUCCUUCAAGUGUUUUCGAUACCGCUGCUACCAUUGUGGAUAUCGUCGAGUCUUCAGGUUUUUUCGAGUGAUUUAUAAAUACUAGCAAUAUAAUUUCUGAUUUACUUUUUUUUAAAACUCUUUUCCGUUGGUUGAUAUCGCUUCUUGUUGAAGAUCUUUUUUCCAUUUCAACCACCAGAAGAAUGUAGUUUUAAAUAAGAGUGUGUGAGAGAUUCAUUUUGUUAGCAUUUGUCGUUUUUUCUGUUUGUUACCUUUUCUUUUCUCUUUUUUUUGUGGUCUAUUUUAGUAUUGUUGUUUGUUUGAGUUCCCACUUGUAUUUGUUUUCUAUAUGUUCCUUUGCCAUUCGAAAAUCGAAUAUGUCUUUGUAAUGGAGUGUAUAUGUACUUUGUACCAUUUUAGUAUAGCUUUCAUAAGCCCUUGAAAAAAACGCAUGCACUAAAUUAAUUUCUUAUAUGUCGACUUUGUGAUGUCUCCUUCGAUAGAUCGGAACUUGAGUGAUAGUCGAAGCUGAACGUUUGAAGUAAAAUCACUAUCGGAUGCCUAAUUGAUCAUUGUUGGCGGUGAUGGUUCUUUGAUGAGCUGUUGUUAUGGGGAUUCGGCAUUUUAAGGGUGCUGGUGGUUUUUCUUUGACUCUUUUGAGGGUUUUUGGUGUUUUAUUUUCUCUUUUUGAUGUAAUAUUUGGGAAUUAAUCCUUUUGUAAGAAUAAAUGUUCAUGAACAAUUGUUAAGCGAGACAAACAAUGAUUAUAUCAAUGAUUACUACUAUUAAUCAUUUUGAACCAACACA